CGAUAAUGCAAGUAAAUACAGCAAUAAAGUGAGUUUCCCUCCCGAUCUGCGCUGUUUGUAAUGUUUUUAAACCAUCUGCUGUUACAGUGUGUGUUUUUUUCCGGGUUGCCCCUGAACGAAGCGGGUCUUGUGAGUCGGUGACGAAACUUUUCCUGCGUUCAAAAGCAGCGGGGAGCGCAGCGCACGAGACGCUCCCGGUUCCUCUGCCGCUGCUCCGUUACUCCGUUACUUCUCAGAGCCUUUCCUAAAGCUCGGACCCCCGCAGCGUGUUCCUGCCUGCGUGUCAGUCCCGCACCGCCUCUGCCCCGCAGCCGUUCCUCCUGCGGGAUGAACGUGAACCAGACGCUGGAGACGGAGGAGGACCUCCUCACGUGCCUCCGCAUCCAGGUCCACCACCCCCAGCAGAACUCCCGGGGCCUCUUCAGGCUGCUCCCGGUGGACCGCAGGACCACGUGCUCCGCGGACGACCCCCUCCGGCUGGGCCGGGACUCGCAGUCCUGCACCUUCGCCCUGGAGGACCCCCGCGUGUCCCGCAAACAGCUGGCCCUGCACGCCUACCGCAGCGCGCGCUGCCCGGACCUGCUCUUCUGCGUCCAGAACCUGAGCCAGCGGGGCCGCAUGUCGGUGAACGGCUCGGCGCUGGGCUACCUGGAGCGGCUGGACCUCCCGGACAAGGCGCUGGUCCGGUUCGGGGAGUACCAGCUGCUGCUCAGCCGGGAGCCCGGCGAGGCCAAGGCCAGCUUCGAGGUGGAGUUCGAGGUGCUGAACGUGCCCCCCUCCAGAGAGACGAUCCCCAGCGCGCCCCCCUGCAGAGAGACGGCCCCCAGCGUGCCCAGCAUGACCCCCGUCGCUGAAACCGGGUACCUGGGAGAUCAGAGGUCAGCUGGACCCCUGGAGGUGGACGAGAGCUUGAUCUAUGACUCAUGAUGGACCAGAACCAGGAACCCAGACCAGGACUCACUGCUGCCUUCACUCCUACACAGACUGUGAAUAUUUAAAGUUUCAGACACUGCAUCUUACUGUGAUUACUUUUCUUUUGCUUUACUUCUACUUUUCUACAUAUAUUUAACUUGUGUACAAUAAAGUCUUUAUAGCU